AUGCAUUACAUUCGCUUCCUCAAAACGCCAAAAGUGCACGUUGACCGUGGCAACAUCUCCCUCAAGACCGUCGUUACCGCCACCACCGAUCUGGGCGAGACUUUCUACCCCGACAAUCUCGACAUUGUCGCGACUCUGCGCUCCCCAGCGGAAGAGGGCGACAUCUACCUCCGGAAAAAGGCGCAGUGGAAGGCAGGCGCUCGAUCUUUGGCCAUCGAAUUUGACAUAUCGCGGCAGGACAUCGAUUGGCCGGCAUUGGUUCACGUUGGGGUCAAGGGUGCCGCAAGCCGUGAAGAUGGCUUCCUACCUCCAGUCGUCGACAUCUGGUCCGGGCAACUCAAUCCAACAAAGGGUCACUUUGAAUCCGGUUGGCGGGUAGAAAGACGCUUCACAUCCUUCCCCGGGAGGAAUGUGAGUCUUCUGGAGGAUGCGGGAGACAGUAUUGCGAGGCAUCUGUGGGACGGCAGCCAGGCGCUUGCACAGCACCUUGAUCAAGCAAUCUCACUUCUCCAGCCCAACACAUUGCCCCUGCUUGAGUAUGUCCUCAUAUCUGCGACGUACCGACGCUUGAAUGUGAUUGAGUUGGGUUGCGGAUGCGGGACUGUGGGGAUCAGCAUUGCCCAGGCCAUUCCGGAAACCGAUGUGUUGCUCACAGAUCUGGCUGAGGUGACUGAAUUGGUCAAGGCCAACAUUGCGCGCAUGAACCCUGCCAUGAGUUCUAGAGCGCGAUUCCUUCCAUUGGAUUGGCUAGAGCCUCUUCCAGCAAAGCUUCAGACUCGCACCAAUGAUAUGAUCGUUGUGAGCGAGUGCACGUACAACUCGGAUACACUGGAGCCACUGGUCGAGAUGCUACUGACGUUGACUGUGAAAAGUCCAAAGGCUGUGAUUGUGGUCUGCACCAAGACCCGACACGAAAGCGAAGCCGUCUUCUUCGAUCUGAUGCGGAACGCUGGCUUCAUCGAAGAAGGAAGUAUGCGACUUCCCCUUGCGGGCCAGCCUGGGCAAGGAUAUGCCGACUCAGCUACAGAUGUCGGACUCCACAUCUACCGCACAAAAGAUCACAGAUUAAGUCUGAGUCCCAGAAAUCGGAGUGAAGACGAAGUCCCUACGAAGUCGACUGUUGGCGAUAUCGACGGCGGCUGCAUAUAA